CUCAUGGAUGUAAAAAUACGUUGACAACUCUAAUGAUAAGAUGGCGAGCUAGUGUGUUGAUGGUUAUUUUAAGAUUAUUUUUAAACUGAGUGUAGGAAGACUCUUUUAAUUUAAUAAACUAAUAAUUUAUUCAUGUUAUUCGAUCUUUUCAUUAAUGUGCCAUGAACCCAUUUGAUUCAACGAUCGAAUCUAUCCCAGAGAUUUCUAAGAUUUUUGAUGAAGACUGCAAUUGUACUGCUAUUGAUAAAACUAUUGGGGAAUUUUGCGGCGAAACUGAAACUCUAAGAAUUAUCAAUGAGUUUCAAAAAUUAUACGAAACUCGCAUUGAAAAUGUUGAUCGAGAGGUCGAAAAUGAAUUUGAUCAAGUUUGUAUGAAAUUAGAAAUAUCAAAAGAAUGGAUAAAAAAUUUAAAAGAGCAAAAUGUUAUGCUAGUACAAGUAGUAGAGGAUUUAGAGCAAGCUGCUUGUAAUAGAGUUAAAUUAUUGGAACAAAAAUUAAAACAUUCAUCAGUGUUAGUUUCUGGGAACAUGUCAAAGUCAAUGAAUACAGAAAUGACUAUACAUACACUUUCAAAUCGUGUAAGUAUCUUAGAAAAAGAUGAAAAAUAUAUGCAACAAAAAAUAGAAUUUCUUCAAAGUGAUAUCAGAGGAUUAUUAGAACUAAUACGACGUGCAGUGCAAGAAAAUCAUUGGAAUUUAGAUGACAUAAAAUUCUUUGAAAUUCAACCUAGUGAUAUACCUGUCCCCACUAACUGUACCUGUGAUCAGGGAGAUAUAAGUCAUAAAAAGAUGCAGUCCUUAAAAUUGCAAAUCAAACAUCUUCAAGAAAAUGAAAAAAAAAUGAUUGUAUAUCAAAAAGAGUUAGAGGAUAAAUUAAUAGAUCUUAACACAAAAUUGCAAACAAAAGAAGAUACCGUUAAAGCAUGUGUUUCUCAAUUUCAAAAUCUUAGUGACAAUCUUAGAAAACAUGUCAAAUUUACUGAGCAAAUUGCAUCUAGUUCAUUUAUAGUAAAUGAUCAAGAACCUGUUGAUUUUGUUGCUAUCCAGAUUAUGUUAGUGGCUGGUAUUGUGGAAAAGCUAUUCAUUGAAAAAGAUCUAGAAACAAAAAACUUGCAGGAACGCUUACGUGACGCGGAAUCUAAUUUGAUAAUAGUAACUCGUGAUAGCGAUAUAAGUUUAAAUAAUUUAAAAAUUCAGUUGAAUGAAAAGUACAAGACAAUUCAAGAAAUAGAGCAGCAAAUGGUUAAUCUACAAAAAGUUUGUGCUAUUUGCUCGAAUGUAUAUUUUACAGAAGUGACAGAAAGAAACGAAGUAGUAACGUCUCUGCAAAAACAAGUAACUAUGUUACAAGAGCAAUGUCGUUCUACAAACAUGCAAAUUCAUUUUAAAGAAGGCAUUAUUAAAGAAAUGCGAAGAAAAUUAAGACGAACUAAGUUUCUAUAUUCUAACUUCUUUCCUUAUACUUCUAAUCGUUAUGACAAAGUUACUAUUGACAAUCAAGAAAUGGAAUCUUUUUAUAAAUUAUGUGAGAAAAUUAUGAUACCAAAAAUGAUGUAUACAUCUGCUGAGCACAAUAAUGAUUCGUUUUUGCAAACUUACAUUAACACUAUUUUAAAUCAUAAUAAAUUAAUAAAAGAUGAUAUUAAGAGGUCAAGAAAUCCUACAAAUCAACAGAAUCAAAUUUUAUUAUAUUUGAGUAAAGUAAAAUCAUUCAUGGAACAGGAAAAGGAAGACCUUUUUAAUUUAAAGAUAGAAUUGGAAAAAACUGUAGAAAACUUGUGCGGCAGAAAAGAUAAAGAAUACAAAACGAUUGAUAGUGAAAAUAAUGUGGAUAAUAUAAGGUAUAAAUUAGCUAAAAAUAUUGAAUAUGUGGACAAACUAUAUUUAAAAAAGGAGGAAUCAAUUGAAAUAAUUAAUUCUUUACUUCAAAUGGAAAAUAAUCAUCUUUUUCAUGUAGAAGAUCUUAAUUGCUUACCAAGCACGGACAUUAACCGACGGAAAUUAAUGGACAUAUUCAGAGCAUGCAUUGUUGAAGCACAACUUACUAUGGAAGAUAUGAAAGAUGAAAUAAAUAUAAUUGUUUCUUCAUUUAAAUGUAGACAUCAAAAGUAUGUUGAUUUGAAUAAAGAAGUUAUGAAUGUACAAAAUCAGUUAAUAAAAAGUCGGGGGAUAAUAGCAGAAGUAAUUAAUGAAUUACAAUUACAAGGAGAAGAAAGAAUAAGACACAAUGAUAGAAUUGCUUCAAGAAAGAAUAAAUUAAAAGAUAUAAAAAAUGAAAUAAAUCUGUCCCAAUCCCAAUUAUCAAUUCAUAUAAAUGAAAUGCAGACCAAUGAAAAUAUAUCUAGUUAUGCAGAAAAUGUAUCCAACUACGACCUGUUAUGUUCAGUAAUUGAAGAAAUAGAACAAACAUCAUCUAGUCUGCAAAUAUUUCAAGUUCAAGGAUGUUGCAUAGUAAAAGAGUUUGAAAAAAUGAAGAACCAAUUUUGUGAAGUAGAUUCAUCUACAAGGAAAUUACAAGAAAAAAUAGAUGAAGCAUUGACAGAACAUGACAUAGUAGAAUUGACACUUUCACAAAAAGAACAAAAAUUACAGAAGUUAGAAGAAGAAAUUGAUGUGAUUCAUUUAAAAGUGAAAAACGUGUUGGAAUCAUUUUUUUCUCCAAAAGAACAUGUAUCUGAUUAUAAUAUUAUGGAGGCUCAAUUAUAUACACAAAUUUUAAACGAGAUACUGCAAACUAAACAAGCUGUAUAUAAAUUAAGGAAAGAAUAUGACGAAUUAAAAUAUAAGUUGUCACAAUCAUCACUCCACCCUGAAUGUGAUAAGAAAACGUGUUCAUGGAAAUGUAGAGUAACUGACUUACAAGACCAAGUUAAAAUAUUACAACAUGAGGCAAAGUGCAAUGAAGAAGCGAACAAUUUUUUAAGAAAUAACAUUCAAUCAAUAGAAGAGGAACUGCAUAUAACACAAGCAAAAGCAGAUAGUUAUAGACGAUCUCACUCCAUAGAUAAUAUGAAAUUAAAGAAAAAGAUUAUAGAAUUAGAAAAUACCCUUAAAUUUCAAAAAGAAAUUGAAUGUACUCUUCAGCGACAAUUGAAUGAUAGCGAAAUUGAAUUAAAAAGAUCUAAAGAAUUAUUAAAUUCUUCUCAUAAUGAACAUAGCAUGGAAGAAACUUUGUUACGGUAUGGUUGUUAUCAGUUCAGAUAUGACACAAUGACUGCACCUCAGUUAUUUAAAAAACUGCAAAACACUAUAAAAUCAACAAAAACUGGCCUUCAAGAACUUAAAGCAGAAUUCAAAAAAUUGAUUUGUGAAGAUUCAUCUAAUAGCUGUUCUUCUGCAAAGUCAUUAAUGAAUUUACUAGAAAAAUUACAGAAGUAUGAAAAUGAACUAGAUAAUUGUACCCAAGAAAUUGAAGAACUCAAAAAUACAUUGUAUUCUAAAGAUAAGCUUAUAGAAAAUAUGGAUGAAAUUAUUAAAAUCCAAAAGGAUUCUAUUGUAAUGACACAAGCUGAAUUAAAAGAACUUCACAAAAAAUUUCAAGAAAAGAUUGAUAAUCAAGAUCAAAUAAUUUCUCAAUAUGAAAAGGAAAAAAAAGAAUUAUUAGAACAGAACGAGCUUCAAGUUCAAACUAUUGGUCAUUUACAAAAUGCUGUAGUGGAAGCUAAAAAAUGUAUAGAUCAAAUGGGACAUAGAACAGUGAGUGAUAUGAAAAAAAUUGAAGCUAUUCGUUUACUCACAGUGUAUGCAGAAGAAACUCAAAGUCAAUAUAAUGAAUGUUUUGCAGAGGCAGCUAAACAAGAUAAAUUGUUAGAGCUACAACGAGACGCAAUUCACAAUCUUCAACAAAAAAUUAGUGGUAUGGAAUACGAUAAUAGCACAGCUAUUAGUUUCAUCCAUAUCACAUAUUAUUCAAUUUUAAAAACGAUACAGGAACAACUGGAAACUCGAGUAAAUGAAAUUCAAGCUCUAAAAAAUGAGAGAGAUACUUUAAUACAAUCAAAAUGUUACUUGGAAAGUAAAUAUUUGAACACAAAAAUGUUAUGGCAAGAAGCAGAAGGAAAAUUGCUGGAAUUAAGGAAAGAAACGUUGAAGAUUGAACAUAAAACAAAGAUUACUGAAGAUAAAGGAUGUCAAUAUAAAAUAGAAGUUAAAGACAAAAACUGCACUACUCAAGAUAUAUUUGAUUGGAGUGACUUAACAUAUAAUAAUACGGAACAAUGUAAAAAUUUAUCACAUGAACAUGACUUGCAAUCAGAAAUUGAAAUUUUAAUUGGAGAAAACGAAGAUAUGAAAAGACAAUUACAAAAAUAUAAAUUGGAUUUUGACAUCAUUGACAAAGAACUGAAAACAGAAAAAGAAAGUGGUACUUAUGUUCAGCAAAUUUCAUUUGAAUUACAAAAAUUGAGAGAUACAGAGUGUUGUCUACAAUAUGAAAAUGAACAACUUAAAUCUGAUUUAAAAAAACAAACUAUCGAAAUAGAGAACUUGUUAGAAAAGUUACAGUUAUCUCAGGAAAAUAACACAAAAUUUGAGAAAUUGUUAAAGAAAUUAGAGGAUAGGCAGAUACAGAUUAAUGAUUUAUGCAGUCAGAUUGUGAAUAAUGAAAUUGUUAUAAAAAAACAAACAGAAAUCAUUGAAGAACUUGAAAAAAAGUUAGACAUAAAAAAUAAACAAAUUAAAGCAUAUUUAUCUGAAUUAAAUGAAGCAGAAGAAGAGAUGUCAACUUUACAUGAAAGGAUACAAUCUUUGAAAACAAUGUUAAAGGAAAAAUCAGAUGAUAUGGCUAAAUUGCAGGCAGAUUAUGAAGUGAUGAAAAAUGAGAAUUCUAUAUUGAAGAUGGAGAAUAGCAAUUUUGAGGAUAAAACAAAAGAAGAUAUUUGUCAAUUAAAAGCUAUAUUGAAAGAUCUCCAAAUGCAAUUAUGCUUUGCUGAAGAUAAUUAUUGCAGAGUCACUAAAGAUUUUAAUAGAACACAAGAACAAUUAAUCAAGAUAACAAAACGAGAAGCUGAUUUACAAGAAUGUUUAACAAAUAUGGAAAUGGAUUAUUGCUUAAAACUAUCAACUAUGGAGAAAGAGAAAACUAUACUUGGAGAUUGCUUGAAUAAACUCAAAGAUGAAUUAGAAGAAAUUCAAAGAAACUAUUCAUCAAAAAAUAGUGAACAUUGCAAACUGCAAGAUAUUUGUAAGUCUUAUGCGGAACAAUUACAUAUUUUACAACAACAGAUUGAGGGAGGAAAAGAGAAAAUUAAGCAAAUGGAAGAAUCAAAUCAUUGUAUAGUUCAGCAGUUACAGGAAUACAAAGAAGAAAAUUGUAAUCUUAUUAAGGAAAAAUCCAUAAUAGAACAAAAUAAUUGUGAUAUCAUUUCAGAGUUGCAAGAGACACACAAAUCCUUGUUAGAAUUAAAAAAAGAGUGUCAGCUAAAAAAUAAAUCAUUGGCAUGCAUAUCAGCAGAAUUGACAGAAACGGCAAUAAGUAGAUCGGAACUUUGUAAUCAGUCGCAAUAUGUCGUUUCUUGUAUACGUGUUUGGAUGGAAGAACAACGAGAAUAUGUAAACAAACUUAGUACGAAAUUGAAGUCCCAACAACAGGAAUUAGUACAACUUGAAUUUGAAAAGAGAGUAUUAGUAGAUGAAACAAGGAGACUAAAACACAUUAAUCAUUCAAUAAUACAAAGAUUAAAGCGGAUAUAUAGACAUGGUGGGAGGAAUGUUAGAAAUGUUUGUGUAGGAUGCCAAAUAUUACCAAAAAAUAUUGAUAUACAUCUUCCUACAAGCUCCAAAUAUGUAUCAUCACAGAAGAAACUAAAUCUUACAAGGACAGCACAGCGCAUGUCAGUGUGUAGUAAUGGUUCGUGGUUCCCUAAAAUGAAAUAUUUAGUAAACGAGUUACGAAAAAGUAAUGUAGAAUGUAGUGAAAACUGUUUUAACAGGAUGAAUACAGAUGUAGGGGCAGAAGAAAACCACGAUUGCGGUUACCAAUCAUCUACCAGUAAAUGAACAUAUAUAGAAAGUUAUGACUACUAAAAAUGAACUAAUCAUACUUUUUAACGAACAUAUAAACAAAUUGUUAAUUCAUCAGACUUUUUUAUAUUAUUUACUAUGUAAUAGAAGUUCUUCAUAUUUCUAUGCGUGAGUCAAUUUAAAAAUAUAAACGUACAUUGAGUAAAUAA